CUUAAUAAUCAUUGAAUUGAUAAUUAAUCCAAGUCCAAUUAAAUCACCCUAAAUGUAAUCUAAUCUCUCUCUCCAUUAUAUUAUAAAAUUAGUCAUUUUAUCUAUAUUGACAAAACGUAUAAGAGAUAGCUAAUUGAAUAGUUAAUUAAGUUAAUCAAAGUGUAUUCAAGUCACCCUAAAUGUAAUCCAAUUUUUAUAUAUCGUAAAAUUAGUCAUUCGUGUGUAAUAAAACGUUCUAUUCACGUUAACGAACCGGUACAAGAUUGCUUAAUAAUUGAAUCGUUAAUUAAGUUAAUGGAGACUCAAUUAAGUCGUCCUAAAUGUUGUUCAGCGUGAAAGGGGAAUAAGUCAGUGCCACGCAACGCAACAGACGGGAGAUAAAUGAACGUAAUCCAUCCAACUUAGGCGAAUUAUAAAUUACGCUCAUUACAAUUCCUUACUCUUUAAUUGCAAGCAUAAUCACCCGCUUAGAAAGUCACGAAACCUUUAAGAAAGUCGUCCUCCCCUGAAAGAUCAUCUCCUGCUUAUACGGUCUCGUACUCGACAGGCCCCCCUCGCUGCUCUCUCCACCGAUUCGACGAUCCGAUCGUCCCGGUUCGGUUCGACCGCGCGCGCGGCUCGUCGUGACCGCGGGGACGAAAAAUGCGUGUUGCGCGUUCGCGGACGAAACGUCCGUUUCGCAAGCGCGCGAGAGCUAAUUCGAUGGCGAGCCGCGCGCGCGAUCCGCGUGGCGAGAUGAAAGUGCCUCGCCGUCAUCUCCCCUGCGAGAUAGGUCCUUAUUACUCUCUCGGGAGAGCCUCCGCGCGGUGCGCACCUCGAGUCACACGCAAGUGGGGUACACAGCAUGCACGUACCCGUCGCGGGUGGCGAGUGACGAGAAGGGGGAUGCUGAAAUUCAUGCACGCGGCCGGCGGCGGCCUUUCCGACGUUCUCCGCACCGGCCUGGAUCAGUUCCUAUAUACCGCAUCCACGACGCGUUUCGCGGAAUCCGGCUGCUUCCUGUUAGAGUACCCGCGUGUCCGCUGCAAGAGAGAUCCUUGCCGCCGCGACUGCGAUCCGGGGACCCGGGCGUGCUCGUCUCAUUGGGAUCCUGCUCGAUCGGCGCCCGAGGAUGACGAUAACAGUGGUGUUGCUGCUUCUCACGGUGACUGUGGCCAGUUCCCUGCCGCUCGCCAAUGUGCACGUGAAAUUCGUGUCGCCUCCCAAUGUGUACGAGCACAGCAUUACAACAGACGGUGAUCGAACAGUGGCUCAGAAGUCGUUCAUCUCGAUCGGCCGACGAAGUGCAACAAAGUAUUCUAAGAAUCCUGAUUAUGAUUAUAGGACGAGUUUAUGGCAAAAUCACUUACGACAAAUGAUAGCGAAUCCAGGAAACGCCGAAUCACUGUGGCCGGUCGGCGUUUUUCUACCACCAAUUGACGUCAAUGAUCUUGGAUAUAGCUGGCAGGAGGUGCAACACGACAUUCCCGACUUCUACAAAUCUCAGCAACAAGAUCCAUUUUUAUUGACCGACCGUGAAGCAAUGAUGGCAAUUAAAUAUCUCUACGGAUUGGGUGAGCUUUUCUUCGACGAUUAUCCUCAUGUAAGAGCGAUACUACGAAAUCAGCAAGAAAGGAGGCUGAACGGCUUACAUGGACACAUUCUUGGCAGUCUGAAUCCUAAGUCUCCGUUCCAUAGGGAAUAUAGGAAGGAAUAGCUAAU